AUGUUUGGCCCCUAUGUUAUGCUGCAAACCCUGGGAGAAGGUGAAUUUGGAAAAGUCAAACUAGCCAUACACUCGGAAACUGGCCAGGAGGUCGCUAUCAAACUCAUUCGAAAGCAAAGUAUUGGGUCGUCCUCAUCGCGUUUAAACAAAGUACAGAGAGAGAUCUCAGUUUUGAAAGUGUUGCAUCAUCCAUACAUUGUCAAGCUGUAUGAUGUUGUUGAAACGGAAAAAUACAUUGGCAUUAUUCUAGAGUGUGCCUCAGGCGGAGAACUUUUCGAGUAUAUUCUUGCUCGCAGAUACCUCAAAGAAAAGGAUGCCAAACGAUUAUUUGCCCAGUUAAUUAGUGGAGUGCGUUACAUGCAUGAAAAGCACAUUGUGCAUCGUGAUCUAAAGCUGGAAAACUUGCUGCUGGACCGACAUCGGAAUGUCAUUAUCACGGAUUUUGGGUUCGCAAAUCAAUUUGCUGCCACCAAAGAUGACUUGAUGGCAACAUCCUGUGGAAGUCCGUGCUAUGCUGCUCCGGAGUUGGUGGUCAGUGAUGGACUUUAUGUUGGUUCGGCCGUCGAUAUUUGGUCAUGUGGCGUUAUCUUGUAUGCCAUGCUUUGUGGUUAUUUACCUUUUGACGACGACCCCGCAAACCCCGAUGGCGAAAACAUCAACCUAUUGUAUCGCUAUAUUCUCAAUACUCCAUUGAUGUUUCCCUCUCAUAUU